GUCACUUCCUUGCAGUGUAAAAUCGAAGUCAACGACGAUUUACCAUCAGUUGGUGCUGAAAAUCCUCUAUGGAUGGACGGUUGGGUUGGAUUUUCUGAAGUACUUUUUUUUCAAAAUGGAAUACGGUUGACUUAUUCAAAAUGACGUGGAAUUUCGUUAAUAUAGGGAUAUAUUUAUAGAACGUUGAGAGUAAUUUGUUAAUCCAUUGAAAACUGAUUGGUGCUGAUACUGGACAAACCAUCGACCAUUCCAAUAAUCUAGCCAUGAGGCUUCAUGGCAGGUUCAUUAUUCAAAUCUCAGUACUAGGUUUCGUCCUGAUUAACUAUGUUCGUUCAAAUAAAUACACAAACACAUGGGCUUUACACAUUGAGGGAGGUGAAGCCGUAGCAAGAAGUUUGGCUCGAAAGCAUGCCUUCGUUUAUGUUGACCAGAUUAUGCCAGAUUAUUAUGCAUUUCAACACAGAAAGGUAGCAAAACGGUCAGCGUACCCCAGCUCUUUCCAUCACAGAACUAUUGUCCAAGAGCCUAACGUGAAAUGGGUAGAACAGCAAAUUGUUAAAAAACGGGUAAAACGUAACAUAUAUUAUCCAAGCAGCAUGCACUUCAGCGAUAAGUUCAACGAUCCUAAGUGGCCCCGGAUGUGGUACCUGACAAGAGGAGGGGGUCUGGACAUGAAUGUCAAAAGUGCAUGGGAACAAGGUGUAACUGGCAAGAAGGUAGUGGUCACUAUACUGGACGAUGGCAUUGAGAAAGACCACCCAGAUCUGGAAGACAAUUAUGACCCUGAUGCCAGUUAUGAUGUGAAUUCCCACGAUGAAGAUCCCCAGCCUCAUUACGAUUACACAAAUGAAAACAGGCAUGGUACUAGGUGUGCUGGAGAAGUGGCAGCCAAGGCUCAUAAUAUGAUAUGUGGUGUGGGGGUAGCUUACAAUGCGCGGAUUGGAGGUGUGCGCAUGUUGGAUGGUGAUGUGACAGAUUCUGUAGAAGCUCAGUCCCUCAGUCUCAGGAAUAACCACAUAGAUAUUUACAGUGCCUCCUGGGGUCCUGAUGACGACGGCCGCACGGUGGACGGCCCUGCCACUCUGGCUAGGAAGGCCUUUUAUGAUGGAAUUACAAAGGGCCGUGGAGGAUUGGGGUCCAUCUUUGUGUGGGCCUCGGGUAACGGGGGGCGUGAUGGGGACAGUUGUAAUUGUGAUGGGUACACCAACACUAUCUACACCCUGUCCAUUAGCAGCGCCACUGAGUUUGGCAACAUUCCAUGGUAUUCAGAAGCCUGCUCCUCCACUUUGGCCACGACCUACAGCAGUGGGUCGGGGGGUGAACGUCAGAUAGUGACCACAGAUUUGAGGAAGACCUGUACUGUCAACCACACUGGUACCUCAGCCAGUGCCCCUCUGGCAGCAGGGAUUUGUGCCCUUGCCCUGGAAUCCAAUCCAAGUUUAACCUGGCGUGACAUGCAGCAUAUUGUUGUUAUGACAGCACGCAAGGCAAAUUUAGAGGCCUCCGAUUGGACGACUAAUGGUGUCGGUCGACUUGUGAGUCACUCUUUUGGAUUUGGUUUGAUGGAUGCUGGAGCUAUGGUUCGCCUUUCUCGUAACUGGACCACUGUCCCCCCUCAGCGCAUCUGUGAGAUACGCUCUCAGGAACGCAACAAACAAAUUCCCAUGAAUGGCAAGAUGGUGGUUUCCAUGUACACUGACGGCUGUAAGGGCACUAAAAAUUACGUCAAGUACCUCGAGCAUGUCCAGGCCCGAAUUACUCUCACCGCUGCCAAACGAGGUGAAAUUGAGAUCUACCUGACAUCGCCAAGAAACACAAAAUCCACCCUCCUGGCUCGACGUGAGAGAGAUGUCUCUCGGGAGGGAUUUAAUAACUGGGCUUUUAUGACCACCCACAACUGGGGGGAGGAAGCCGAGGGAACGUGGCUGCUUCAGAUAGAGAAUGGGGCAAGUUCAUUCAGAUGGGCGGAGAUGAAAGACUGGGUUCUAGUGUUGUACGGAACAGAGGUGCACCCCCAGGACAUGGCCACUACCACCACCACAACCACAACCGCUGUAAACAGGAACAGUCUCAAUAAGCGCCAUAAUAAGGGUGCGUUUCCCGACUUACCUAUCCUUGCUGUCAAUAAUGACCUUCGGAGAUAUCCGACCCCUUAUCAUGGAAACGGGAAUCGUCCUAAAAUCUAUCCCCAACAACCAUAUAACCCUUAUUCUGAUCACAACCGAGCCGAUGAUUAUUACUAUGAUCUCCAUCCAUCGCAUGAGAAACACAUUUGCAUUUUUGAGACUUUGGCCAAGAAAAACAACAUGUCCACUGGUGAAUAUUUGCGGAUGGUGCGAUCUAAUCUCUCGGAAGCUGAGUUAAAAGAAUGGAAGCUGACAAUAUAUGGAACCGACAAACACCCCCAGAGCCAAAACAUCUCUCGCCCAGUGUAUUCCAAGCAAUCAAUUAAAUGUCCAGAGGGCUCCUGCCUUGAAUGUAAAGUUGGAUUUUACAAGCACAAGGAUGAAUGUGUUGCAAGCUGCCCAGAAUAUUUUUAUGGUGACAAAGAAACUUUCAUGUCACGAAGAAACUCCACAGCAAAAGCCAAAAAGGAGCCUAUUUUUUUCCGUCAAGGAAAGUGUAACCCUUGUAAUGAGGCCUGUAAGACCUGUAAAGGCCCCGAUCUGGAGGACUGCUUUCAAUGUAAUAAAGGUUACGAGCUUCGAGACAAUUUGUGUCGCAAGAAACUCAUCAUGAACUUCUUGGAUCCAGAUAUGUUGAGUUUCUUUGUCUGGGUCAUUAUCCUAUGCACCUCUGCCAUUUUGUUGUUUGGGAUUAUUUUUAUCAUCCUUCAGGCGAGAGACCACAGAAUUCUGUGUUGGAAAGAGAAGAGACAUUUUGACGAGCGAAAGGGGAAAUACGACGGUGUAAAGUCUGCUAAUGACAGCGGUGAGAGCGAACACGACCAUUUAAAUGUAGUGGUGAGGAACAUUCAUUAUCGGCAUGAUGAUAAUGAAUUCAUGUUGAAUAGACCUCUGCCCCCUCUCCCUGUGAGCCAUCAUCCCGUUCCUCACCACACAAGACAUUUACUGCCCUACAGAACUUGAAGACAGUCAAUCCGAAUUAGCGGUUGUUUGCUGUCCAUGUAGGUCUGCUGAAUCAAACCUUACUACUGCCAACAAAGGUUCAGUUUUGGAUCAGUGCAUAUUGAUGCCAAAAUGAUUUUGUUUUUAGAAUAAAGAAACACGAUAUCAGGUUUUGUAAAACAAGCUGCACUUGAUGAGGCGAUGUUUGUGUUACGUUGGAAUAGAAAGGGUUGUGCAAUUUUCUGCUGACUAUUUUAACCAACAACUUCAUUGUUCAUGACAUUUCAGUCAGUUUUUAUUUAUGAUUUUCACUGUUUUUUACAUGGUAUAAAUGUUCUCUUAUUGUUACAGUUAGUGAUUUGAUCAUGCAGUGUUAUGUCUGCUGAUUGGUUAGUUGCAGAGGUCAAGUGUCUGUCUGCAAUGCCAUUUCAACAAGAUUAACAUUAAGUACCUCUCUAAAUCAAAUUUUCACUAAACUCAUGAAAGACAAGUGAAUCUUGUUGAGAGCAGCCACAUUUUGUCUAUCUUACUGUCCACUGAUGCUCAAGAGAAAUUUGCUUCAAAGAAAUUUAAAAAAAAAAAAUGUUUCUGCUUGUUUAACAUGAUCAAAUGGAGUAAACUUGAAAUAAACCAAUUCACUGGUCUGUUUCUUAAUGUGCGACUGCUCCACAUUCAGAAAUGAGGUUUUAUCUGUGCUUCAUCAGAAAAGCUACAGUGGGUUUUUUUUUUUUUUAGAAAUUGUAAUGUUAUGUACAAAUAGAGAAGUGGUAUAUUUUCUCUCUUGUUCUAAUUGCUAAAGCAUGCAUCUGUAUGAAGUUAUGUAGGUCUCAUCUGUAACAGUUGUGGUUAGAUGUGUUGUAAGCAUACAUGCUGAGCUGUGAGAGUCUUUGUGUGUAAUUUUGGCCUGUUGUAUUUACAUUGAGAGAUUGAUUUUCUAAUGUGUUGUCCAUGUAUCAAUUUGAAAUCCUAAAAACAACUGUUCAAAGCACAAAUUUUGGGUAUACUGGUGUAUUUUGUAUGUGUGUAUUGUUUUCAAAUAGGGAUAGGAAUCUCUUUUCAUGGUGACUGAAUGGCACCAGUAUCAUAUUAAGGGAGAUUUUUUUUUUUCCAAUUUCAGGGAUUGUAAGUGUUCUGGGUUUUUAUUUUCUCUCUGGUUGAUAGUCUACAUGUGUACUGUACUGGCAGUCACAUACAAAUAGUGACCGAUGCAGGUAAAUGUGGCCUUCUUCAAUCUAGGGUCAGAACACCAGUGAUGUGGUGCAUUACUAACCAAUGUUAAACAACAAUUUUACCAUCCAUACACUCUUGUCUGCUGUAAGAGAGCUCAUGUCGUGUGAGAUUUUUUGAUUUCUGACAUACUGAAUCGAUUGACAUGAAGCGUAAUGAAAAAUAGCUGUAACAGAAAUUUGACAUUUGUAUACAGAACAAUGGUAAAAAACAAAAUGAUACAGAAAAAGUUUUAAAAGAAAGUUGUUUUGCAUUAUAAAGUCAAACUUUAAAAACAUCAUGACCAUUUUGAAAUAAUUAAUGUGGGAUCCAAGAUAAAGAAAAACAAAGAGCAACAACCUUCAGCCACAUGUUGCACUGUGCAAUACAUUGCUAUUUGCAGUGUUGCAUUCCGAUCCCACUCUUAGGGGAAAGCUCAUCGUCGAUACCAGUUCAAUUUAAUGUUGUGAGAUAUAGCUUUUGUUUUAGACUCAGAUCAAACAAAGUAGACACACAUGUUCCUAGGCACACACAUGUUCGUAGACAUACACAUGUUCGUAGACACACACAUGUUCGUAGACAUACACACAUUUUCUAGGAUUUUCUGCAAGUUACAGACUUCAGAAUUGAAUUAAUUGAUAAUUAAAAACAUAUAGAUGUAGCCAAAGAAUCUUGACCAAACAGUUUUUAAUGGCAUUUUUGAGAUAUUUGAUUGAGUUAAUGACUUUGUUGGAAGUUUUACAGCAUAUCAUUUUUAUGUGUAUAUACCUGUUUUUUGUGAUAAUGUUUGCAGCAUUAAUUUCAAUGAAGUAUUAGCCUAUUAAGUUCUUGUCACCCACCGUACAUAUAUUUCUCCAAUCACUGUCAGCAUUUGAUAUUAAGAUGUUUUGUACUGAUUUGAACAAUGUGUUGUAAUUGUUUAGAGUCACUUCAUUGCCAUGUUUAAUGGUUUCACUGUACCGCGAUGUUUUGUAACUAGGAGCCAUGCCUCUCGUGUUGAAAUUGGUGACGAGAGAGUGGAUUUUCAGAUGAAAGGACCAAAUUCAGGCUUUCAGAAGUCAUUGCAUGUGUAUUAAAGUUCUCUCUCGGAUCCUACACCAUUGUACCUAAGGAGAAGUGUCCUGUCAAACCUUUUGAAUAAUGUUCAAGAAUAGGCUAGGACCAGAGACAUUUUAUUGCUGGAUUUUGGCUACUAGUUUAGAAUUCACAUCGCUUUUGCUGGGUCUGUUAGAAGAGUGAAUCUGCUGAGGACUAAUUCUAAUGGUACAGUACUGUCAUAAGUGAUUCGUUCAUUUUUUAUUGUUUUUGAAAUGGACAUCUGUAAUAUACAGUAGUUGGAUGUAAUUUACCAUAGUAAAGCACAAACUACAGCAGAGAUAUGUUACAUUGUGUCUGUAGGUCCAUGUAACUGUGUACAGGAAACGUCUCAUUUACUGCUGAUGUCGGGGGCGUUAUUCAUUCAUAAACACUUCAAGUUGAAUCUCCAAUUUUUAUUUACAUGUAGAAUGGUUUACAGACAGAAUCUGAGUUUUAGGUAUAGUUUAAAUUGUUUGAUGACUAAGAAACUUGCUCAGUAGUGUAUACAAUGAAUUCGGCCGAUAUAGGGUUUGAUAAGAUUCAACAAAGUGAUUCGUUAUUGGAACAAGUAAUCGUAAAUCAGUCUUAGCAACAGCAAAAACACCAAUUGACCAGGACACACAGUCCUAGUGCAUUGGUGAGCAGAAUAUUUUGAUUAAGACCUAAAAUUUUCUAAAAGUCUUGAGAAAUUGUAGGUUUUGCAAAAUAGUUAGACAUUGUCAGGUAUCUCUCAGAACUUGAGUAAAUUGAUAAGUAAUUGGGGUCGUUUAGAUUCGGCUUUUUGCUGGUGUAAUUGCUAUUAUGCAUGUCAGACUCGCUCAUUUUCCUUCUGUUGUACAUAAUACACUAUUUUGUUACAUUUUUCUGUGGACCUUUGAUUUUCCUGUGAGAUGUGUAUAAUUUCUAUGAAAUUGAGUCCUAUAAAAUCUAUGCUGUUUACAUGGUCAGCUAUUUGACAUGUUACUAUGGUCAGUAUGUUGAGCAAUAAAUAAUAGAUCUUUAA